GUUCCAUGGCUUCUCCUCCUCUAUUCUUUUCUUCUCCCCCUUAACCCCGACGGCGGCGAGCCCGCACGGACACCACACACACAAGGACCUUCUUCCGACCCCCCCACCAUGCGGCGGCUCACCGGCGGCGCCCGCCUGGCUCUCCUCCUCGCCCGCCGCUCCCUCUCCGCCUCCUCCCCCUCCCCCUCAUCUACCUCCUCCUCCUUAUUCCACCCAUCUCGCGCGUACAGAGCGAGAUGGGGCGACUUGGGCUCCCGGAGGCCGCCCUUCUCGUCGCCGCACAGUAGUGCCGCCGCCAGGUUCUUCCACGGGACCAGGCCCGUGGCGGCGAGGGACUACUACGACGUGCUCGGCGUCAGCAAGGACGCCGGCCAGGGCGAGAUCAAGAAGGCCUACUAUGCGCUUGCGAAGAAGCUCCAUCCAGAUACAAAUAAAGGCGAUGCUGAUGCAGAAAAGAAGUUUCAAGAGGUUCAGCGAGCUUAUGAGACUUUGAAGGAUGAACAAAAAAGGUCGCUCUAUGAUCAGGUUGGCCCUGAUCAGUAUGAGAGGGCUUCUGCUGGAGGAGGUGGACCUGGCGGAUUUGAGGGUGGUUUCGGAAACCCUUUUGAGGAUAUUUUUGGUGGUGGUGGUGGCGGCGGUGGCGGAAUGAAUGAUUUCUUUAGGAACAUCUUCAGAGAUAGAGAAUCUGUCGGACACGACGUUCAGGUUGCGCUUGAGAUAUCAUUUAUGGAAGCAGUCCAAGGAUGCACCAAAACCAUCAACUUUCAGACUUAUGUAACGUGUGAAACUUGCAAUGGAGCUGGUGUACCUUCUGGAACCAAACCUGAAACUUGUCUAGCUUGCAGGGGUUCUGGAUUUAUGUUCAUGCAAACCGGUCCCUUCAGGAUGCAAUCAACAUGCACACAGUGUGGUGGAUCUGGGAAGACUAUAAAGGAUUUCUGCAAGUCAUGCAAGGGAAAGAAAGUUGUGCCAGGAACAAAAACAGUCAGCCUGAAUAUAGUGCCUGGUACAGAUAAUGAGGAUACAAUCAAAGUGCUUAGACAAGGUCAAGCAGAUCCAGAUGGUCUUCGCCCUGGUAACCUUUUAGUAACCAUUAAGGUUCGUCAGGAUCCUGUAUUCCGAAGAGAGAAAGGUGAUAUUCAUGUGGAUGCUGUCUUGAAUGUGACACAGGCAAUUUUGGGUGGUACUGUUCAAGUGCCAACUCUCGCUGGGGAUGUUGUUCUAAAGGUUAAGCCUGGUACUCAACCUGGUCAAAAGGUUGUUCUGAGAGGAAAAGGAAUCAAGACAAGAAACUCAUUCUCGUAUGGAGAUCAAUACGUGCAUUUCAAUGUCAACAUCCCUGUGAAUUUGACACAGAGACAGCGCAUGCUCCUGGAGGAAUUUGCCAAGGAAGAGCAAGGCGAAGACGAGAAGGACGCGAAAAAGGCAGCUGGUGCAUCAGGAUAAGCCGAUUUUUAAGGAGCCAGCCAAGCCACCCAAAUUUCACGGGCGGCUUAGCAGCUUAUCGCGUGUGGCGAGAUAGAGUAGGAUGCUGCCUGGAACGAAUUCGCAGGUACAAGUCAUAUAUAGUUAGGUUGCAUGGAAAUUUGCAUGGCAACACAUAGAUCUUUUGGUUUCGAGUUUUUGUUAGCUGGAAUAACACUACAAUCCUGCUGCCUGGUAAUGUACAACACUCCUAAGGGCUAUCUACGGCGAGACGGGCAGGGGACAGUCCUUGUAUUAUUGUGUAAUCCUAUGUGUUAGGAAAUUCUGAACUGAACACACGGUUCUUCAUGUCCAUUCAUGUCGCCAGUUGGGCACUGGACGAUUUUUGCUUGCUCUGUUGUUUCGACUGGAUCUAGUGGAUUGCAAACA